CGAUCGAGGUACGUUUGUUCUUCUCAAGACCUGAAAAAUGUGGACCAAGCAUACCUAGUUUGUAGAACGUGCAUUUUUGAACCAGCUUUUUCCAUUUAUCUCCCAUUUUGUUGCCUAAAGUAUGUCCCGUGUUGCAUUAAACACGGCGCUAAAAACAGAUCAACGCGAAGUCUGCUUUUUCCGCUAUUCAUUUCAAGUAAAUGCCCGAAAGACGUGAACGCGCUCCGCACUAGCGAGGAUAAAAAGAGUAAGGGAGUUAAUCCAACAUAUAGGACUUGUUUUCAAGGUUAUCCUCCUUCUCAAGUUAUUUUUAGACAUGUUACCCAGUCUCGCGCGGAUAAUCAUGUUACCAAGUGCAAUGUUUGAAUUUUGGGGGGGAGGAUUAAUAGCGUGUAAAGUCGCUCGGGCUGUCCACGUGGGCAAAUCGCAGGGUUGUGGUCACAGGGUUGGUUAUAACUACACUCUCCCGGGAUUUCCGAAAGUGGGCUUAUUUUAAAAAGGAACCUGAGAGGAUUGCCUUAGACCAAGGCCUACUUGGGGGAUUAACACUUUUCACCUUUAUCCUCUCUUUAUUCCGGAUGAAGAAAGUGUCUUUUCAGGGAAGCAUUUCGGACAAAUGUCGAAGUGUGCGGUUGGCAUUAAAUGUGAAAAACGUUGUCAAAAUGUUGCCGAGCAACUUGUGGAGGGCCUUAGUAUCACAUGCAUGGACAGCGUACAUAAAUUUCCUGCUUGUUGACGAGCAGAUGUUGUACUAUAGCGAUGAUAGCCAAAGGGAUUUAAUUUCUAACAACUACCCCUUCCCUACCCCACCGUGUAGGCCCGUGGGCAAAGCCUGAACAAUUCAAUGUAGCUCUAAGGGAACUACAUUGAUCACGAAAGCCUGUUCCAUACUAUUCUGCACUAACGCAAUAAAAACAAUGGGCGAGGGAACUGUAAAGCUGACUCCAUCUGCAUUAUGACGCCAAAAAGUCGCCGAAUCGUUGUGACUUAAGUAGUUGACCUCACGGCUAAGGGCUGGGUUGCCUGUGAUGACACUAGUUUUUGCACAGGGAGACAGGAAUACUCUUUGUCACUUCAUGCCAUAGCAACGAGGCUAAGCGCCUUUCUGAUAAUUAUGUUAUCAAGCCUGGUCCACGGACCUCAAUCAUGUUUGACAAAAUGGAUGUCCCCCGGAUUUCUUGGCACCGUAAUUCAAAAUGGCACUACGGUUCAGUAUACAGAUCAAGCCGAGCGACCAGCGGGUGAGCUGAGACUGCGUACUGAUUACAUAGGACAAAUUAGCAAGCUCCUGUACACAAAAAGAACAACACCGUUGCCAGCGUGUCAUUUAAAGCAAAUCUGAUUCAUCAUUUGGAAGAAUGCCUAAAAGGAAAUGAUGAUUUUUUGUGGGUCAAGUAGUGUUUCGCCUAAAAAAAAAAGGAAUGUUAUUUUGAACUUUCCAUUGAUUUGAAAAUUUAGGAACCAUGACUUACGAUAACUAAAAAUUCGAUUCAAACUAACCUGCUGAUCGGGGGCUUUUUUUACUUUGAAAGCGAGAUCAUCGGGGAAAAGGGAUGAAAUGUAGGUAGGGAGGGGUGGUAGUGGGGAGUGUGAUCGCAGGUUAGAUUCAAAUGUGUUGUUAGUUUCUGAAAUAUUUCGUAUAUAGGCUUGACCCUUUUUUUUCUUUUCGCGUGUCAAUAACUUCACACUGUCAACAACGAGUCAUAAGGAUGUGUAAUUAGAUACGAAGUAAAUGUUAUAGUUCUCAAUGAUAUCUUGAAUUUGAAAACUGAAUCGAAACCAGAGAGAUCGCGAGUUGGCAUAGACUCAGCUCCUACGUUUUCCAUUGUGAUUGUAAGUUGAGCGGUGCUAGUUAGCACAGCUCCUUUGUGCUCGGAAGAUGCAAAAAUUUGACACAGAAGUCGGUGUUUCAUUUAGUUCGAGUAAACGCACGUCUCGUUCAUGUAUAUGCCUGGUAAUCUUAUCAGUGGCAGUUGUUCUUUUGGUGACCAUCUCUGCCAUUUUUGUGACAUUGUACGUCAUGGAAAAGCGCCCGUCUACCUCAAAAACAGUGUACGCUCCAAGUACGGAGCGCAAGACAAUGACGUCUCCAAGCACGGCAAAGCCUAGCGCUACGACUUAUUUCCCCACAACGCAGAAGGCGGGAGAGCAGAAAUAUUGUGGAUCUAAAACGUGUCUACUUGCCUCAUUAGAUGCUUUAAAGCAGCUCAACCAGAGCGCCGAUCCUUGUACUGAUUUUUACGAAUACGUGUGUGGCGGCUGGGAAACUGAGAAUGCUUUGGAGCCUGGAGAAACGUCAGUUACUGGAUUCUCACUGGUUAGAGAGAAAAGCUUCAAUGUGUUGAAACAAGCACUGGAGAAUGCCGAGAAAAACUACUCCUCUAAUGAGGCUGUGAUGAAGACCGUCAAGUUUUAUAACAUCUGUCUGAACAAAACGGCUGUUGAAGCACAGGGAGAUGGUCCGCUGCUGAAGUUAAUUGAUGACAUGGGAGGAUGGAAUGUGACGGGUAACAUGACGCCUCUCUCGUCCAUGAAUAUUACCCAAAGGAUUGGCAAAGUAACGAGUGAAUUGUUUAGCAAGCCAUUUAUUGACAUCAGAGUGUUCAUCGACCCCCAUGAUUCAAACAAACACAUUCUUCAGCUUGGACCGGGAGAGCUUGGAAUGCGCAAGACCCACUACACACACAAUACGUCGGAUUAUCGGACCGUUCGAGAGGCUUACAAGACGUACAUGAAGAAAAUCGCUAAGUAUCUUGGAGGAGGCCCUGACUCGGACGAACAGAUGAUGAAAGUUUAUGAAUUCGAGACCAAGUUGGCAAUGCUGGAAAAAGACGUGGACGAGAGCAACAUGAUAGAAACAUUAAAAAAAGAACUCUUGCCUGGAAUGAUAGACUUUGACCUGAGGAACACACUGGAAGAAAUCAGUAAUUACUCUAAAACGGAUCUUAACCAACUUGUUUCCUUGGUAAACGCAGUGUUCGCUAGAACCAACCGUACGUUCACGAAAGACGAGAAAGUUGUCGCCUACCCUCUGACGUAUUACGGCCGUCUCUUCUCCUUCUACAAAAACAUGACCACAUCAGAUCCAGUGGUGUUCGUCAAUUACAUUAUGUGGACGGUCAUCAAUAAAUUCGUUACAAUGAUGCCCAAGAAGUACAGAGAUGCUUACGACGAGUAUGUCGUCACCAUAACAGGGAACAGGACAAGUGAUCGCUGGAAGCAGUGUAUUGAUAACAUGCAGACCGUGUUUUCAAUGCCGCUCGGGUUACUGUUUGUGGAUGCGGCAUUUGACGAAGGAAGUAAAGAAACGAUCACACAGAUGACCCGACUCAUUAAAGAGGAGUUUAUCAAUGGCCUUGAAUCACUACCCUGGAUGUCUAGCAUGACAAGGGCGGCUGCAACAGAAAAGGCUAACGCUAUCUCAGAAGACAUUGGUUAUCCAAGCUACAUCAAGAAUCCAACAGAAUUAGCUGCUAAAAUCAAAGGACUGAAAGUAGAGGAUAAUCUCUUUGAGAGUGCAGUCAACAUCCACACGUUUGUCGCUGAUGAAUCGUACGGAUCUCUGGAUAAGCCUGUCGAUAGGGAUCAAUGGUUCCUGGGCCCAUCUCAGGUGAACGGUUACUACUCACCGAGGCAAAACCGAAUUGUUUUCCUAGCGGCCAUUUUGCAACCUCCGUUCUUCAAUCCCAGCUACCCCAAGUACUUUAACUAUGGUGGUAUUGGCAUGGUGAUUGGUCAUGAGGUAACACACGGAUUUGACUCCACAGGCAGACUUUUUGACAAAGAUGGAAAUGUGAACAACUGGUGGUCUCUCAUGUCAUUGAAUGGAUUUUCCAUAAGAGCAACCUGUCUUUCCAAACAGUAUUCCGAAUUUGACGUUUAUGGCAAAAAGAUAAACGGGAACCAAACACUUAACGAAAACAUAGCGGAUAAUGGAGGGAUCAAACUGGCAUUCAACGCAUAUAAAAAGUUGGUGGAGAAAGAAGGCACAGAUGGAGCUCUCCCUGGACUAGGAUUGACAGAGGAACAACUGUUCUUUGUUGGAUUUGCGCGGCCAUGGUGUAGCAUUUACAAAAAGAAAGCAGCUCUUCUUCAACUUGAGACUGACUCGCAUUCGUUCCCUCAGUACAGGAUAAUCGGUACUCUUCACAACUAUGAUAAAUUCCAAGAGGCAUUUAAAUGUAAACCUGGAUCUGGUAUGAACCCGGAUAAAAAGUGCAGCCUUUGGUGAUUGGAGUUAUUUAGUUUUCCAUAAGUUUUCCAUUUGAUUUCAAUCAACAGAGAAUACAGAUAAAUACGACAAAAAUAAACCCGUUUAAAAAUUCUUUAGAUAUCUCAGUAACCCACCAUUUUUUUUAUCAAUAAGUAAAUUCAAUUGCUUACAGUUGUUAUAUUGCUUCUCCGUUGUGCCAAUGAUUUAUGCAUUAUGCAAUGCUUCAUCGUUUUUUUUUUGUUUUUUUUUUUGUUUUUCAUGAGGUAUAUAUUAUAAAAUCAGUAUUAAGUGUUUAUCUUCAAUUCAAAUUUUAUGUCAUUGCCACUUUGUUGUAUGUAUGUAAGAUAUUGUCAUAUUUUCUUUAAGCUGCAUUUUUUUUGGGUAGAUUAAAGUAUUUUUUGUAUAAAAUUUGAUUAAAUUCGAACUUAAAAUUUAAAGUGCACCUAACCUCAAAAAUGUUUUUUCGCUAAAACGAAUCUACUUGUUAUUUGAAAUAGUUC